AAAUAUCUACACAUCUAUUUUUUAUAACUAUUUAAGAUGGGAGAAGUGUUUUAUAUCUUUUUUUGCUUGAUUGGAUUUUUAUGUUCAAUUAUACCUUCUAUCUGGCACUGGAAAUAUCGAAAUGUCGCGCCUUUAUGUCUUAUUUUUUGGAUAUCUUCAACUAAUUUAAUAUAUUUCAUUAAUUCUAUCAUCUGGUUUAACGGAUCUAAAUCAACAUAUCGUGGUGAUCUAUAUUGUGACAUUGUGACUAAGCUUAUACUCGGAUCGGUUACUGGAGAAUUAGGUGCUACUGUUGCUAUUACACAUUACCUUUCGAAAAUUAUGAAGUCUUCAUAUUCAUCUAUCCAGUCUAAAAUAACUCGUAGAAAUCAAGCAAUAGAAGAUAUUCUUUUUAGUUUUACAUGUCCUAUUAUAAUAAUGUCUUUACAUUAUAUCGUUCAGCCAGCAAGGUAUGUAAUCGAUGGAAUUAGUGGAUGCAUGCCAUGGACGGAUCGAUCAUGGCUAGCUGUGAUUAUUGUUUUAUUAUGGCCUCCUGUAUUUGGUAGUAUCAGUGCUUACUAUUCAGUUAAAGUAAUUAUUUCAUACUUCAAAAAGCGAAAUGAAUUUCAAACUAUUUUAAAAGAUUCAAAAUCGUCUAUGACUUUAUCAAGAUUCAUACGUCUUAUAGGCUUAUCAUCUCUAAUAAUAGCCAUUUACUUGCCACUUAAUAUUUACUUGUUAGCUAUAAACAUAGCCCAGAUUAUUAAAAGCAACAUCAAAUAUUCAUGGUCAGAUGUUCAUAAUUGGAAUUCUAGUAUUUUUUAUCUUCCAAAAAGCAACAUGCCUUUCAAUCGCUGGCUUUCGCCAUCUAAUGGCAUUAUUGUUUUUAUCUUUUUUGGUAUGGGUAAUGAUGCAAUACUCAUGUAUAAAGAAAUAGCAAGAAAAUUGUACAUUACUCAAUUUUUCCAUUUUGUCCAAAAGAAAAUUUUCAAAAAAAAAACAGAAGAUAACAAAAAUUCACAGGAUUAUUAUAAUAGCUAUAGUUUUGAAAAAUCAUUAAACAGUUGUCCUCCAUUAUUUUAUAAUCAAACACGAGACGUAAGAAUUCUUGAAAAUGGUUCUUUAAAUGAUUAUUCUUCUCCUCCUAUUUAUACAGAUCAUGACAAGUACAACUUAGAUUUAUCAAUCUAUAAUCAGUAUUACAGAGACAAUUCUAAUAUAAAUAAUAAAUACGGGCCUCGCAAAUAACAAAAUACGAAAAAUU